AGCCGGAGCGUUGGGAUCUUUAUCCCGGCAGUCCACCUCACCAGAGAACAGAAGUCUGUGAUCUGCGAGCCGAGUUUGCACCACAGUGCAGAAGGCCUCGUUAGUGUUAACCACUCCACCUGGGUCAGGUGAACUGUGGACGGUAUCUGCAGGGAUGGACAAAGCUUCUGUUUCCACCUCACUGAUGUAAAGUGUGCCCCUGAACCUGGUGACCGCCAGCAACCAGCCCUCCCGCGUCUCAUAGGGAGUGGUCAGCAGCUUGGUCAGAUGGCCGCGCCACGUCACAAAGUCGACGUCCAAAACACUGGGAAGAGCAGAGGUUGAUGAAAGGAUACGUGAUCAACAGGAAACGAUGCUGUGGCUGGAGGUGGUGGGAUUAGAGACUGUAGAUCACAAUGGCACUUACCAUGACGAGGCCGUGGUCGCCUUUGACCUGAGCUUAGCUCUGUUGACCGAGAUCCAGCGCAGGAGGUGGUCCAGCUUCUCCUUCACACUGUCGUCCCUCUUUAUAAAGCGGUCUUUGUAUCCAUCCCUCAGGUCAAAGUUAGGGUUUCUGUCAGGCUCCGCAUAGUAUCUCAUCUGCCUGCUGUCAUUGAAGAAUCUGCGCUCAGAGUCCAGGGAGAAACACCCGACCUCAACGGGCUGCUUGUACACAGGAAAGUCUCUUUCAUAAAGCUCCCUUCUGGUGCUCAAACUCCCAGAGCUGGGUGGGUUCUGCCCGGGGGUUGGUCCAGACUGAUACUGCUGGUGGUAGUGGUGGCUUGGUCUGAAGUGUUGAUUCUCACUAUGAUACCUUCCACUGUUAUCUCCCUCUCUUUUGUAUGGUGACUGGCGGUUAUGGUAGCUGGAGUUGUGAUUGUGGGAUCUGUGGCGGUCCAUUGCUACCUAAUGGGGAAAAGAGCAAUCAAACAAGCCGGUGAUUAUUCAUAUCUUCUCGAUGGUCUUGCAGGAAAGCCAAAAUAUGCUUUGUUCAUCAUCACUUGUCACGAAAGAGACAGGGCUGUGCUGAUAACACUACUGUCUGCAAGCACUUCACAUACCACCUGAACCCAUUCUUCCAAGUGUCAUUUUUGUAUUUAUAUAUUGCAACCUCCUUGUCUCCUCACUUAACUUGUGGUUAUGUGUCCUAGUACACUUUGCAGUUCAUGCUUCAUACUGAUUAUAAUAGAUACUUAUCGUGUGUACAGUUUUUAAGGUUAAUUACUAUAUUAUGAAUCUGUUGUUGUACUUCUUUUUGCCCCUCUGACACUUCCAAUUUCCCUGCAUGGGAUAAACAAAGUUUAUCUUGUUUAACUUUGAAUGCACCCCAAUUCACCACAUCACCUCCUGAUCUGUCUGUUGUGCGUGUGUGUGUUUGUGUGAGUGAACGCUUUCAUAAUUAAAGAUGUUUAUGUUUGUAUUGACUGUGUAGAAGUGCAUCUGCAUUGUGGGAUUGCAGGAUUACCAGUGAGUAUUGUAUACUGAAAAUUUCCAAAUAUAACAGUUAGCUAUACUUUCCCUUGCCACUAUUAUUUAAACUACUUUUUUUCAAACUAAAUCACCGGUAAAUAAGGGAAAACGUACCUUUCUCAGCAUACACAACAAAAGCAGCAAACGUUACAUUUCUGUCAGUGCUGUCACAAUAGCGACCACGGUUUUGUGUCGAAAAUCUGAUAUUUCAGCCUCUUUAGCCUAAUUGAAACAGAAAAAGGCAAAUGUUAGUGAAUAAGAGAGAGAACACAUACAGUGCGUCUGUUUCGCUAGCUGGGGGGCUAACUAGCAUCAACAGCUAACACCAAACCUAACGCUACUUCCGGGUGCAGUUUGUCGUCCAAUCCGCUUGUUGGUAGCCGAGGCACUUCCUGCAAAAAUUUAAAGACCAUUUAAAGACCUUUAAAGUUGUUGCUUGUUGCCGUGAACGCUGUGUGGCGUUGAAUGGGAUCAGAGCGAUGUGAACAGCGAUAUUAUUGCUUAUUAUAUUGUUUAUUAGCUAUCAGGUAUGAACAGGAAACGGGCGCUUAUUUCAGACACUUUCAAGGUGAAGAAAAGAAAAAAUGGCACAGAGAAGUUUGGAGCUGUCAGUAACGGGGAUGGACCAACUGACAUCAAAUCCACCCUGGAGUACCUCAUGACACUGUUCCCCCGGAAGCUCUUCAACGACACCUUGCCUCAAAUUGUUUUUAAGCACCAACUCUACAGCAUACACAGUGACAAGACUUUGGUGGACAAGGAGCUGAAUAAGCUGCGGGAGCGAGGAGAGCUGCUGAUGUUCCAGCUCGGGUUCGACGUGGAAGCCUUCGGGCUGAUUUUUGCGUCAGAUUACAAGGCCAAAGUGCUGGCAGGAGAGGAGGGCAGCGCGACGCGAGCAACCGUGGAGAAGUUCUUGGAGAAAGUGCUGUCGUCUUGCAUGGACCUGAGCUUCAGCAAAGACAAGAUGCUCAGGGAGUUCCUGUUCACAGACUCUGAAAUAACGCAGCUGGUUAAGUCAGGCGUCCUGACUGUGAGGGACGCAGGCAGCUGGUGGCUUUCCAUUCCCAACUCUGGCAAAUUCACAAAGUACUUUAUACAAGGUCGUAAAGCAGUGCUCGGCAUGGUGAAGAAGUCCAAAUAUAGCGAGGUCUUAAAGGCAGAGCUGGAAGAGAGGCGAACAACUUCACAUGUGAAAUUCCACAUGAAAUACCACAUCCAUGACAUUGUUGGUGCAGAGCUGGUAGAGAGCAUUCCUACAACUUCUGGGACAUUGUUACGAUUUGUCGAUUCCUGAACCACAACAACAAGACUGACUGAUCUGGGCUUGGUCGAAAGCAGUGAGCGACUGAAGAUGAGAAAAUAUUCACAUGUACAAUAAUUGUAAAAUGUGUUUUGCAUGAGGAGUAAAUUAAUUUCAGAUUUUGAUUCUGUGCCAAGUGUAUUAUAAAACCUUGUGGGUUUAUGAAUCGUCAAUUAUGUUGACAAUACAAUGUUUUGAUUUAUCUUGUAAUUAAAAAAAAGUUCUUUCUUUCAUGUGUUGUUAUUUACAUGCACACCAGAAAGAACUGUCCUCUCUGUGGGAUGUUUCCCAAAAAUAGCCUUAAAAGUGCCAAACUGUCAUAAAAAAAAUAGCCCAGUUUUUUGUCAAAUGGGGUGCUUUGUCAAGCUGAAAUACAUACAUGUUCCUUGGCCACUUUAUUAGGUGCACCUGUACAAUUUAAUACAACAGAUCUAUCACUAAUUCUAGAUGUAAGAAGAUUUUGCUGUUCAAUUUGUUGUCAUGUUCGUUAAUUGGAAGAACCGUUAAGGCCUCUCAGUAUCAAGAAGUUCAGUACAUCACUGCAAACAGCCACAGUCAUAAACAUAUAGAUACCUGAAUACCUCUGAGAGUGUGAACUGAACAUUGUAAACUUUGUGAAAGUAGAAUUUCUGGUUGAGCUGUUGGAUUGCAUUAGAUUUUACAGGUUGCCUCUUCACUGUUAAGUUCUGGGCUGAACAUGAGUCUUAAGAUGUG